AUGGGCGACCUCAUAUCCCUCCGAUAUUUCACGUACGCUCUCCCACAAUCCCGCAGAUAUCUCGCAACUUCUACUCUCGCACCAGCAUUCUCACCCGCUUUAAGCGCUCGAUUAACACCAGUAUCGUCUCCUCGGCCUCUUCCGAAUACUGCUGUUGACACACCACUGACUAGUAUGGCUGGGAUCUCCGAGGAGGAGACGACUGUUGAGAUGGCGAGGAGGAAGGAGGAGAGGCGGUUGUGGAUUCAGAAGCUGAAGGAGCAGAAAAGAGCGCUGCUGCCGCUGGCAAGAUGUUUGGACCAUCCGAUAUCGUCCGUAGGCAAUCGAGCAGAACUCGUCCUAUCAACAGCCACUGCCAUCCUUGCCUCUGACUUCCGUAAUCCGCUGGGCCGGCAUCCUUCUCAACAACCGCUCCUUCCAGCAGUCUACACUUUCGAUCCCUGGCUCUGCUUUGCCCUCCUCAUCUCACCCGGCUACAUGGCCUACAAGCAGCACACCUUCAAUCUCGAAGGCAAAUUAAUGCUCAGUGGUCUCGCGAUCUCGGCACAGACGGCCGUCUCAGGAUCCAAAACAAGCUUCAUUGCUGCGGAUAUUACUCCCCCUUCGCCGAAGCCACUAUCUCCCAAACCUGUUACGCCCGCUCCGUUCUCCCAGGGUGCAAAGAAGCUUGCAUCAACUUCAGAAACACGUCUUGUACCUUUGUCCCGGCAUCUUGGUUCUAUGACAUACAACUCUGGCGUUGUGAGCGCGACGGGCACGACGUAUGCACCCUCCCAUGACAGCUCCGUCAACAACGUGAAAGUCAAAGCGGACGUCGACGAGGACGACGCGCAAACGGCGAGCGAGAACUUUGAGACAAUUGGGGCGAGGCACAUUUGGUCCUUCACCCGAGAACCACGGAUCUGA